UGCUGCCCAUGAAGGAAGAAGAAAAGUGAUUCACGUUUUCGAAUUUUUGUUUCUAAUUAAUUUUCCCUAGUUUUCAUUUUAAGUUAAAAUAGAUUCGCUUUUAGUUUUCCUCAAUAGAAUAUCCUUUCGGUAUUUUUAGUUUUAUAUUAUAAAAAUACAUCAAGUGCAACAAGUGAUUGAAAGAAGAAGAGAGAAAAAUUCAACCAACCAACCAACAAAAAAAAGGUGCUCUCGUUAAAAAAAAAAAGUGUAACAACCGCCGAUUUGGGAAUAAAAAAUAAAAUCGUGUGGAAAUUAAAUUAUUAAAAAAAUUAUAUAUAUAUAUAAAAAAUGGGUUGUGCAGUGAGUACAGCUAGAGAUAAGGAAGCAAUCGAGCGAUCGAAGAAAAUCGAUCGAGCACUUCGAGCCGAAGGCGAGCGAGCUGCCUCCGAGGUGAAACUUCUACUUUUGGGUGCUGGUGAAUCAGGAAAAUCGACAAUUGUAAAACAAAUGAAAAUUAUCCACGAAACUGGAUACUCUCAAGAAGAAUGUGAGCAAUAUCGUCGAGUGGUUUACAGCAAUACAAUUCAGAGUCUCAUGGCAAUUAUAAGAGCGAUGGGUCAUUUAAAAAUUGAUUUUGCUGAUCCAUCAAAAACAGAAAUUGCAAGACAGUUUUUCACGUAUGCCUCAGCUGCCGAAGAAGGAAUACUCAUUCCAGAAAUUGUACUUUUAAUGAAGAAAUUAUGGGCUGACGCUGGAGUUCAGCAAUCAUUUGCAAGAUCUCGUGAAUAUCAACUUAACGAUUCGGCAGCUUAUUAUUUAAACUCUCUAGACAGAAUUUCUCAACCAAACUACAUUCCACUGCAAGAAGAUGUAUUACGUACGAGAGUCAAAACCACCGGUAUUGUUGAAACACAUUUCACAUGCAAAGGUUUGCAUUUUAAAAUGUUUGAUGUUGGUGGCCAGCGAUCUGAGAGAAAAAAAUGGAUUCAUUGUUUUGAAGGUGUAACUGCAAUUAUUUUCUGCGUAGCUCUUUCAGGAUAUGAUUUAGUUCUGGCGGAAGACGAAGAGAUGAACCGUAUGAUUGAGUCUCUGAAACUAUUCGAUUCUAUAUGCAAUUCCAAAUGGUUUGUCGAGACAUCAAUAAUUCUUUUCCUGAAUAAAAAAGAUUUAUUCGAAGAGAAAAUAAACAGAUCACCUUUGACGAUAUGUUUCCCAGAAUACUCAGGUUCGAAUACAUUUGAAGAAGCUUCCAAUUACAUCAGAAUGAAAUUUGAAAAUCUCAAUAAGCGAAAAGAUCAGAAAGAAAUUUACACCCAUCUAACCUGCGCCACAGAUACAAACAAUAUUCAAUUUGUAUUUGAUGCUGUAACGGAUGUUAUUAUUAAGAAUAAUCUUAAAGAUUGCGGAUUAUACUAAUUUAUUAUUAUUUUUUCGUUUAUUUUCUUUUUAAUUUUGCUAGUUCUAUAUUAUUUCUAAUUUCAAUCCACUCUUGCAUUUCUGUAUCUAUUCCAAUGCGCGUUAAAGAACAAACAAAAUAUUUACAUACAAAUAUUAUCUCAAUAGAUUCAAACAGGAAUGAUUGAUAUUUAAAAAAAUAUUCAAACGCACACGUUUAUUAUAACGCACAAACUAAUGAAGUAACUUUAGUUGUAUAGAAUAAUGUGAGUAAACAGAGGCAAAUUAAUGCAUCUUAUGAAAAGAGAAAAACUUGAACAAAAUAUUAAUAACGAUAAAGAUUAAAAAAAAAAGAUAAAGAAAACGAAACGAUUGUGACAAAUUGCUAAAAAUAUGCCUUUCCUUUUUAUAAUAACUAAGAUUUAUUUAACAUUUACAUGUAUAUCUAAUAUCUAUUAUAUUAACUACUUAUAUACAAUUUUUCUAUCGCACAUGCGACUGAUGGCUACAAGUGUUUAGAAAAGACUGAGAAUUUGCAGCCUAUGCCAUAACAUUAGAGACAAAAAAGAAAACAGAAUUUAACAAAUAAUAAUUUCGAGAUUAUUAGUUCUUUUGGUUUUUUUUUUUUAUUUUAAAUGUUGCCAAAUUAUUAUUAAUUUUGUAUUGUUUGGCUUAUCAUUUGCUGAAAUUUCUUUAAUCAGACCUCUGUGCUACUUUAUUUAAUCAAGGCACUGAUAUUAUAGAAAAUUAUGAUAUAAAUCGCUUUUAUAGUAAAUUUAAAAAGAAUUCAUUCCAAAAUAAAAUAACAUUAAUUUUUGGUUAAAUCCAAUUACUGACAAAUUCCAUAAGUAAUUAUUUACACAAUUUAUUUAGUUGUUUUUUUCUAAAUUCUUGCUCUUUCUUAUUUCAAAAAUGUAUUUAAUUUAAGCUUAAAACUAAAUUAUUUUUUUUUUAAUUCAUCGAAUUUUUUUGUAGCUCAAAUACAUUACUUUAAACAAAAAAAAAAACGCAUUAAGAAAAUCAAACAAGGUUAAGAUUAUAAACAAUUAAAAUUAUGUAUGUGCUCAGAAACAGAAAACAUAUUGAAGAAUGUUUGAUAUAUUUUUUUUUUUGUAUAUGAAAAAAAUAUAUAUUUUUUUAAUUAAUUUCUUUUGAUGUGCAACAAAUCAAUUCUUCUUGUUUAAAUAUAAUAAUUAUUAUGUGUGCUUGUAAAAUUUAAGUUAUAGGCUAAUGUACAAACGUAAAUAAACACUUAAAAAAAAAAUUUA